UCAAUAAACUCAAACGUCAAGAUGGAGUCGCAGUGGUAUUACUUUCCGGGUCAAACACCACAGAAUACUAAAAUAUCAGAUCGUGCUCACGCUCUUCACAUCACUAAAGACGCAUGGAGCAACAUCACCCAACACCUAGAUCGAAAAAAGAGAAUACAAGAGGCCAUAGACCGAGAACACGCCCACAAAGAAGCCCUCAAGCAGGGCUCGGAAGAAAUGACCAAAAAAUGGCCCAACUCCGUCCAAAACCUGCGCUUGCGCAAGGAAGAGGAACGUCGGCACCGAUUCGAAGGAAGAGGAAAAGAAGACAAAACCGCGUUGUAUUACAAAAUGCGAGCAGAACAAGAAGCAGUGCGCAAAGAGUACAUCGACAAAAUCAAAAAAGAAGUGUUUAUAUCACAGGGAUACCCGAAAGAACUGACAUCUGCGUUAAUCCUGUCGGAAACUUUAUACGAACGAGAAAAACAAAAAGAAUUCCGUGCCAAGAUAAAACAGCACGACAUAGAAGUCAAAAACCGGUUCGAUGCAGACAUUGUAGCAGCAGACGCGAAAUACCUCCAAGACAAAAAAGAACAAGAACAAAUUAAGCGACAAAAGGCCCGGAAAGAAGGAGAGUUCCUCAGAAACCAGAUUAAAGAGCACGAAGAAACUGAGAAAAGAAUGAACCGCGCGCAUAUUGAAAAAGAAAUUCGCGAUCGCAUCAAAGCAGCCGAAGAAGAAGAACUGAUAAAGCAGUACGAACUUGAUAUAAUAGCGAAGAAGCGGAAGGAAAUAGCCAUGCAGAGGAAGAAAGCAAUGAAUGACCAACACAAAAGACAACAACUUAUUGCCAAAGAUGAGGAGGAAAUGGAACAAGCGACAAAGUUUUACAGUGAAGCUAGACAACGUAUCGACUGUAUGAUGAAAAUUAAAGACAAACAAAUGCGAGAUGAAAUAGCUAAACAUCAACAAGAACUGCACAGUCAUGUUGUUGCACUACAUGAGGCUAGAGAUGCUGCUGAAAAGGCAAGACUUGAUAACGCUAUUGCACAGAUGGAGGCGAAUGACAAAGCCAAAGCUGAAGCAAAAGCAAAUGUCAAAGCAAAGAACAGGCGCGAAAGAAUCGAAGAUCGGGAAGAACAUUUCCGAAAACAAGAACGAGAAAAAGAAAUCGACAACGAAAUGAAGAAGUGGGAGAUGCUGAAUAGAAUGAAAACUGCAGAAACUAUGAAGGAGCACGACGCUCAGAAUCGAAAAAACAACUGGGAAAAAAUAUUACAGUACAGACGAGAUUUAUUGGAACAAAUGGCCGAUGAUAGGGCAGCACAGAAACGGGAAAAAGAAAUUGAUGAAAUUAUGAGCCACGUAAGCUAUGACGAGGCUGACAAGAUGUUCUUUGAUUAUGCCAACGAGGUCCUAGAAAUGGCGAAAAGCAAAAAUCGCUCGACACAUCCCAUUGAAAAAGUCAUUGCUGAUUAUAAGAAAACCAACAACUUAUCACCCCGGCAGCGCCCGAGGUGUGUCAUAAAAUGAAGUUUACACCCGAUAUUCUAUAAUAUUUUGUUAUCUACAGAAUUUGCCUUUCAAUGAAUCAAUAAAGACU